AUGGCCAUAGCCGCCCAAGCUAGCAAGAAACAAGUCAAAGUCUACUUCGUUUUCAAUUUAUACGUUGUUCAUGGAAAAUAUUCGUGCUUAAUCUCCAAGAAGAUAGCCCUCGCUCGGUUAUUGGAGACAUCCGUUAGAUUCAUGCACAAUUGUAGUAGUUUGAUCUCUUGA